AGAUUACACCUGAGUGGAAGAUCAUCGGAUUAUUCCAGAAACACUGCUGCAUGUUCUUCAUAAAUUAGCACCCUCAUAGAGAUAAAUCAAAAAGGUUAUUUUCACUCAGCUGGCACCAACAUUUAAUUAUUUUUUUUCAUCCUUCUGUCAUUUUAUUUCUUUUAAUGAAAUUUGGGGGUGUUCUGUAAUUUUCAGAAUUACCAAUACACAAAAGCCAGAAUGUAUUUGGAAACUAAAAGGGCUAUUUUUGUUGUUUGGAUUUUUCUCCAAGUUCAAGGAAACAAAGAUAUCUCCAUUAGAUUAUACAAUUCUGAAACUAAAGACAUAGACAAUGCCCCAAGAAUCGAAACAGCUGACAAUACUGCAAAAAUGUACAAAGUGUCAACCAUGAGACGAAUAUUUGAUUUGGCAAAACUUCGAACAAAAAGAUCAGCAUUUUUCCCAACUGGGGUUAAUGUCUGUCCACAGGAAUCCAUGAAACAGAUUUUAGCCAGUCUUCAAGCUUAUUAUAGAUUGAGAGUGUGUCAGGAAGUGGUGUGGGAAGCAUACAGGAUCUUCCUGGAUCGCAUCCCUGACACUGAGGAGUACCAGGACUGGGUUAGCAUCUGCCAGCAGGAGACCUUCUGCCUCUUUGACAUUGGGAAAAACUUCAGCAACUCACAGGAGCACCUGGAUCUUCUUCAGCAGAGAAUAAAACAGAGAAGCUUCCCUGAGAGAAACGAUGAACUGUCUAUAGAGAAGACAUUAGCAGACCCUGAUGAGACUGCUGUGUUUUCAACAGAUGUUGCCAAUGGCUCAGUCGGGCACUUUCCUCUUGCUCUUGAUGACACACACCUCAAUGAAAUUCUCGGUAGCCUCAAUGACACCAACAAGCCUACAACAGAACAAGAGACUGAACUCACUAAUGUUUCGGAGGACCCACUGGAGGAGGACCCACUGGAGCAGAGGGUGGAGUUCAGCAUCUCUCUGCCAAACCAGAAGUUCAAGGCAGAGCUUGCUGACUCCCACUCCACUUACUACCAGGAGCUGGCAGGAAAGUCACAGCUGCAGAUGCAAAAGGUAUUUAAGAAGCUGCCAGGAUUCAAAGAGAUCCAUGUGUUAGAAUUUAGACCAAAGAAAGAAAGAAAUGGUUCAAGUUCCAUAGAGAUGCAACUUACGGCCAUCUUUAAUAAAGAUGCUGCGGAAGCAAAAAGACCCACCGGUGACCUCCUAUCAUUUGAUUCCAACAAAAUUGAAACUGAAAGACUCCACCAGGGAACCAUGGAGGAGAACAAGCAAUCAGAAAUCUAUCUCACAAUCACAGACCUCAAAAAACUGAUCAGCAGAGUACUAGAGGAAGACCAGUCCUUGGAUGUGGGAACAAUUCAGUUCACUGAUGAAGUUUUACCAUCACCAGUCUCCAAACCUGACACCCAGUCAGGGUUGCCCACACCCCUUGCUGAUGUCAUAAAGGAUGUUACUUUGAGUCCAGAGCUUCCUCUUAUUGAACCCAGGGUUGAUACAAUGGAGAGAGAAGGACCUGGCCAACCUGACAGUUCUUGGUCUCCACCUGAAAUGGCCUCUGCCUCCCUGUCAGAAACACCACCUUUCUUUACGGCAUCAAGCAUCUUCUCUCUGACUGAUCCAAGCACCACAGACAUAACGUCUAUUGACCAGACAGUACUAGGUCCAGGGCUCACUCUCCCCACCAGUGAUUAUUCUACCAUCAGCCAGUUAGCUUUGGAAAUUUCACAUUCAUCUGCAUCUUCACAUGGCAGCAGGUUCAGUACAAGCAGUGAAGAUGUGAUCAGAGACCUAGAAGAAAUUGAUGUGUCCGACAAUUUUGUAUCAUCAGAGAUACCAGGACUGAGUGGAUAUGUUUCUACCCCAGAUCAUCUCUUGGAGAGCACCACUCCUGAUCCUGCUUUACAAUAUAUCACCACUAGCUCCAUGACCUUUGCCACCAAAGGCCAAGAGCUGGUAGUAUUCUUCAGUCUGCGUGUUGCUAACAUGCCUUUCUCCAAUAACCUGUUCAACAAGAGCUCUGUGGAGUACCAAGCUCUGGAGCAGCGGUUCACACAGCUGCUGGUUCCGUAUCUGCAAUCUAAUCUUACAGGAUUUAAGCAACUUGAAAUACUUAGCUUCAGAAAUGGGAGUGUGAUCGUGAACAGCAAGGUGAGGUUUGCUAGGUCAGUGCCGUAUAACCUCACCAAGGCCGUGCACGGGGUCCUGGAGGAUUUUCGUUCCACUGCCGCCCAUCAACUUGAUUUGGAAAUAGACAGCUAUUCUCUCAACAUUGAACCAGCUGAUCAAACAGAUCCUUGCAAAUUCCUGGCCUGUGAUGAAUUUUCCCAGUGCAUAAAGAAUGAAUGGACGGAGGAAGUGGAGUGCCGGUGCAGACCAGGAUACGAGAGCCAGGGGGAACUGGACGCAGACCUCUGUGCCCCUGGAGAGGAAUGCAAGGCCCUUCAGAGAAAGGGAGCCCCAUGCAGGUUACCAGAUCACUCUAAAAAUCAAGCAUAUGAAACUAGUAUUAAAAAGUUCCAACAUCGGCAAAAUUAUAAGGGAACCAAGAAAAGAAAUUCUGACUUACUGGAUGUAGGACUUGAAGAAUUUAACCAUCAAGAUUUGGAAGAAAAUUAAAAACUGAAAAUGUACAAAUUAUCAUUUAAGCUAUCUCAAGAGAGUUGAUUUGCUUUCUCAAGAAAACUGUGUCCACUCCAUCAAUAUUCUGAAAACAGAGGCAGGUAGAGUCACUGGUCAUCAGAAUCCAGGCACAGAGUCAACACUGAGAACCAGCACACACUAUGUUUCAAGUAUAGAAGUCAUGCACUUGAUGACUAGCAAAUCCUGAAAAGCACUUUUUAUUAAAACCCAAAACACAAUCAGUAAAACAUAUUUUGACUAUCUUGGAUGAUAGUCAAGGUAAUAGUAAACCAGGUUUACUUCUAUACCUUUAAAAUAUUACCCAAAGACCAUUUGCAACUUCUUGUUUUGGGGAUUGAACAUUAUAUCAGGAAAUAAGCACUUUAUAUUUUAUAAUGUACAUUUAAAACAUGAUCAUUUGUGCAAGGAUACAGGUCUAACUGCAUGAAUGUAUGCAGAAUGUAAGUGAUGAGUGUAUCUAUGCUCCACACAAUAUCUGAUAUACAUUUGUCUUCAACACUUAGACACUAGUAUUAUAUACACAAUUGCCGCUUACACAAUAGAUUGUUUUAUUCCCCAAAAUUUCUAAAUUGUUAUUUUUAAAAAAGGCAAAUUGAGGUUCAGAUAGAUCAAUCAUGGGAAGAUAUUGUUACUACACAAAGUGAUUUUAAAGGAAGACACCAUACUGGUAAGAGGUGGGAGGCGAAGUUGUUCUGUCUGACCUAAUUCCUGUUUUCCAACAGAUGUAUAAUAUACUUCUCCCUACACUAAUUUUGGUGUGGGUUUACCUAAAUGUAACCCAGUUCAGUUUCAAUGUUUCAAAUUUAUUCCUCUACAUUUUUCAAAAAUCCCAUUAUCAAAUAUAUUUGCUGCAAUUCUUAAUUUUAAAAAAAUGUGACAAGUACUAUAUUCAUAGAUUUAUAAUAAAAUGUAUG